UAGGAAGCUGAUCGAGGUCCUACGAGUUGAUGAGGAAGAACUUGCGGAGCAGGCGGUUCUUCUGCGAAAUCUGGAACAAAAUUUUAGUUCAUUGGAAUGACUGAUUGCAGUAAAUGAAGAUGAAGAAAACUAAUGUAUCGCACCUGCUACAAUCAAUUUCCCUUCUCGCUACUCUAAAAGUAGUGGUUAAUGGUCAAACAACCUGCAAUGGCGGUUUAGGUCGAGUGGUCUACGAGAGGCUCCCUGACCAACAACUCCAGGGUUUCGACGACGACGUGGUGAGAGACUCUGCACCCCCGUUCAGAGUGUUGGAAAAAUGUCAGGAGCUCUGUCUACGCGACAGAACGGCGACGAACAAUUUAGUUCGAGCGUGUACCAGCUUCGAUUUUCAACCUGGUAGCAGAAUAGCAUCUUUCAGCGGAGCUGCAGAGUACGAGGAGAGUACUUGUUAUUUAACGAGGGAGCAGGCUCAGCCAGAAGGUAUAGGGAAUCUGAUGCUGGUGCCAAACAGCGUUCAUUUCACUGAAGUUUGCCUCGGCUCUGACAGGAUAGAAAGGGAAUGCCCUAAUAGACGGUAUGUGUUUGAGAGACAUCCGAGGAAGAAAUUGAAACUGCCACUGACGGAUAUUAAAGAAGUUAGCGCGGCGAAUAGAACGGACUGUGAGGACAGAUGUCUAAACGAGUUCAGCUUCAUCUGUCGAUCUGCAACCUAUGACACAGCACUGAGAAGCUGUGCUCUAAGUCGUUUUACCAGGAGAACUCAUCCAGAGCUACUUGAAGACGACCCAAAUUCCGACUACUUGGAGAACACCUGUUUAAAUGCUGAACGUCGCUGUGAUGGAUUGGCAGUGUUCGUCAAAGAAGAAAACAAGCGUCUUCGAGGACCAUUUGAAGUCGACAUUUACACGAACCUUACUUUGGACGAGUGUCAAGCUCUUUGUCUCAGAGCAGAAAAAUAUUUCUGCAGAAGCGUCGAAUUCGACGAACAAACGCGACAAUGUGUCAUUUCGGAAGAAGACUCCGUUUCACAAAAAGAUGAUAUCGGAAUCAGCAGCAGUCCUAGCCAUCACUUUUAUGACUUGGUUUGUUUGGACAAUCAUCCGUCCAUAGCACGUGGCUCCGAAUACCCGGACAGCAGCUCUUCGUCGCACCUUUUCUCCGAUGGACGACGUCCUGACACCGCGUUUCAACGUUAUCGAAACUCCCGUUUAAGCGGAGAAUUUCACUCGGAAAUCACCGGUCGCAGCCUGAGCGAAUGCCUUGACGAGUGUCUUCGACAGACCAGCUUUCAAUGCAGAAGUGCCGUGUAUUCUGAACAUUAUCACACCUGUCGAUUGAGCCGAUUCAAUCAACGCGAUGGCCAUAGGAUCAUCUACGAUGCAGAUUACGAUUACUACGAGAACCUUAUGCAUCAAUAUUUGGAUGGAGACCGAGACAGCCCAGGAUACAGGCCAGACCCUUUGGGACAGGACACCAAUUUUGGUCGACCAUCCUUAGGAAGACCCGGAUACCCGGACGACUACGACAAAGGAUACAGCAGUAGUGUUAAGCCAGAUCGUUAUCCAGACCGUCACCCAGAUCGCUAUCCCGAUCGCCACCCGGACCGUUAUCCAGAUCGUUAUCCAGACCGCUAUCCAGACCGCUAUCCAGAUCGCUAUCCAGACCGAUACCCGGACAAGUAUCCAGAUCGUUAUCCAUUGGACAGAUAUCCGGACAAGUAUGCGGAUCGUUAUCCUGGAGACAGAUACCCGGACAAGUACCCGGAGCGAUACCCAGACAAAUUCCCAGACAGAUACCCGGAGAAAUACCCGGAGAGAUACCCUGACAAAUAUCCGGACCGAUACCCCGACAAAUAUCCGGAUAGAUACCCGGACAAAUAUCCAGACCGAUAUCAUCUGAACGGACAGUAUCCCAUCGCCGGACCAGAUGCCUUUCCCGACCCCAUAGAUCGUUAUCCCGUCAGUGAUCGUUACCCAAUCCCUGAUAGAUAUCCAGGCUCGGACAGAUACCCAGUCGCUGACCGUUUCCCUAUCAGAGGUGGCGAUCGACGUCCCAUUCAACCUGAUCGAUAUCCCAUUCCUGAUCCUGCAGUGGACAGGUAUCCAACAAACAGCCGUUACCCUACUGGCGUUGGUGGUCGGUAUCCAAUAUCUUCGAGCCGUUUUCCUAGCGACAGCGAUCGAUAUCCUAACGCCAUCGACCGAUACCCCAUCCCUGAUGAUCCUCUGGAAAGAUACCCUUCAGCAGUAGGGGCUGUCAGACCCCACGUCGACCGGUAUCCCAUCAACGAAAGGUAUCCGGAGAAGGAUCUUUAUCCCAGUCGGUACCCUCCAUCGUCUCACGGUGCAUAUCCCGCAAACUACCCCGUGGACGACGUCUACGGUCCCCAGCCCCACUCAGAUCGCAACCCCUACGGGGUGGCAGGUCCUACAAGACCCUUGGGCUACGGUGGCUACAACAACGACGGUGGAAUCAUCGGAGGCGGUUACAUAGGCGAAGGCGGGGUGUACAACUCCAGACCUUUCGGCACCAGCGGCGGUCCUAUCAUCGGCCGACCGCCCCUGGUCUCCAGAUGCGACGAGCAGGACAACUUCCGGCAAGUCGGACCCCACACCAGGGUACGGAAACCAUUCGUCAGACGCUACACGACGGCCUCGUCUUUGGCGCAGUGCGAGAGGGAGUGCGCCGACGCCAGGGACUUCGUCUGCAGGUCCUUCAACUAUCGUCCCUACGCUGCUCCCUACGGCGCUGAAAGGGAUAACUGCGAGUUGAGCGACCGGGACUCCAGGGACAUGGACAUGGGCAAUCCUGUUUACUACGACACGGGAUCUGACUAUGAUUUCUACGAGCGGAACAACGGCAGACAGGGCGCCGACGCGGAGUGUCUCGACGUGAGUCAAGUCUGUAGCGAAGAUGGAAUGGAAUUUACUUUAAGGACACCGGAAGGAUUCAUUGGCCGGAUAUAUACUUACGGCUAUUACGAUCGCUGCUUCUUCCGUGGAAACGGAGGAACGGUGAACGUGCUGCGAAUCAGUGGUCCUCAGGGUUAUCCUGAAUGCGGCACUCAAAGAUAUGGAGAUACAAUGACAAACAUCGUCGUGGUACAGUUCUCUGACUACGUGCAAACAGGAAGAGACAAACGCUUCAAUCUCACGUGUCUGUUUCGAGGCCCUGGCGAAGCUGUCGUCACAUCCGGCUACAUCGGUGCCGGGUAUGCCAGAUCAGGGUCCCCAAUCCCCAUCGAAUAUCUUCCAGCAGAAAACACCCUGAGUUCCAGAGUACGUUUGCUAAUCCUCUAUCAAGGUAGACCUACAACAACCAUUGCUGUUGGGGAUCCACUUACUUUUAGGCUGGAAGCUCAGGAUGGAUACAAUUAUGUGACUGACAUUUUUGCUACCAACGUCAUAGCAAGAGAUCCUUAUUCAGGAAGGAGUGUUCAACUCAUUGACAGAUAUGGCUGCCCGGUAGACAAUUACGUGUUCCCGGGACUGGAUCGUCUGCGCGACGGAGACAGCCUCGAGGCUCGAUUCAACGCAUUCAAAAUCCCCGAAUCUAAUUUCUUGGUGUUCGAGGCGACAGUGAGAACUUGCCGGGACGGUUGUCAGCCCGCGUAUUGCUCAGGUGGUACCGGAAGAAGCGAACCGUCCUUUGGAAGAAGACGAAGGGACGUGUCUCAGAAUGACACAAUCACCGAAGAAAAUGAAAUAAGCACGAUAACGGAGGCUAAUGCAAAUGACACGUCCUCAGUGUCGAAUUCCACUGUCGUUGAAGAAGAUAACGACGAAGAAGAAGAAGAGGAGGAGGAGCAUGUGAGAGAAAUGAUCGAGGUACUCGACUCAAGAAUGGACAUCGACGAAGAAACAAUGGUCGAGAGGCAAACCACCAUAAUGGAGGACGUUUGCAUAACACCAAACGAGUAUUACGGACUGGUAACAGCAGUGGCAGUGCUCGUGGUGCUGCUUGCUUCCGUGGUAUUGUUAUCAAUGCUGAUCUACAGGAAAUACGCUUACGCGGUGAUCACGAAGAACCGCCGAGUUGAUAAAGCAUGCAAUCGCAGCAGUCAUUCGGACGAUGCUUACAGCAGUCGGGCGAAUAACUUCUCCUUCUUGAGAACUGGUCUUCAGAAACCAUUCCAAUCCACAUCAAUCUCGCGUUCCAUGAGCAACGUGAUCAGCCAACACGUGAGCUCCUCGACCGCUCUGGAGGGUGCUGUAGGAUUAUCGCCCAGGAGAACCGGAUUCGAUCCGAGUGAACCGAUUUAUACCGAUCCAUCAUUGUUCGAGGUUGCCCGCUGCUCGUCGCCGAAACCUGUACUCGAUGAUAACUUCCGUCUCAUGUGAACAACUUGAGGUCUAAGAACAC